AUGAGCUCUUCCAGUCCUAAAGCACCAGAUAACAAAAAAGUAACUUUGAAAAGUAAUGACGACAUUGAAUUCAAAGUUGAUAUAUCAGUUGCUAGUCGUUCUAUAUUACUUAAAAAUAUGAUUGAAGCACCAGAUAACAAAAAAGUAACUUUGAAAAGUAAUGACGACAUUGAAUUCAAAGUUGAUAUAUCAGUUGCUAGUCGUUAUAUAGUACUUAAAAAUAUGAUUGAAGAUGUUGGUGAGACUGAUCAAGUAAUUCCUCUUCCUAAUGUUAAGGAGAAGGUCUUAAAAAAAGUUCUUGAUUGGUGCGAGCAUCAUGUAAAUGAUCCACAGCCAACUAACGAAGAUGAUGAUAGUCGUAAGAGAAAUACCGAGAUUGAUGAUUGGGAUCAAAGAUUUUUAAAUGUGGAUCAAGACAUGCUCUUUGAAAUUAUUCUGGUUCUUGAUUGGUGCGAGCAUCAUGUAAAUGAUCCACAGCCAACUAACGAAGAUGAUGAUAGUCGUAAGAGAAAUACCGAGAUUGAUGAUUGGGAUCAAAGAUUUUUAAAUGUGGAUCAAGACAUGCUCUUUGAAAUUAUUCUGGCUGCAAACUAUUUAGAUAUUAAACCAUUAUUAGACAUUGGUUGUAAAACCGUUGCAAAUAUGAUUAAAGGAAAAUCACCUGAAGAAAUUAGAGCUACAUUCAACAUUGAGAAUGACUUUACUCCAGAAGAAGAAGAACAAAUUCGUAAAGAAAAUGAAUGGGCAGAAGAUAGAUAA